AUGGAUAAAAAACGAGAAGCUGUGCUGAAAAAACUCUCUGAACGUCACGAGAAACGUGUUUUACAAAAACUCAACUCUACAGUAAAAAAUAACUCUAACAUUGAUAUAUCAGCAACAGAAAAAGCGUUUCUUGCCACUGAUCCGUCGCAACUCGACAUGAAAACACCAGUCAGAAACAAGGCGCCCCCAGUCCAUACGUUUUCCCCGAUUGUUUCAUUCGAUGAAAAAGCCAAUAAGCAAAUUGUUGCCUUAGCCGCUUGGUGUAAUACUAUUUUGGAUAUUGAUGAUUCUGAAGAAAUUGAUAUGGGUUCAACAAAAAUGGAGGCGUGUCGAAAAAUUCAAGAAAUUUUGAAGACUAAAAAAACUGAAAACUUAGAAGUUCAGCCAGAACCCAUCAAUCGUUACCCGAAGAUUUUUGAUAAAAACAAUUCGGCAAAAAUUCGAGAUGCAUGCCGCAAAAUUUUGAUUGACUCAGAUAUUGGAAAGAGUAUUGAAACUCUUUUGAGCAAAAGAAUUCUCUCGAUUAGACCUGAAUGCGCAGUUUAUUCAGAUUUGGCCCUUCAAACUUCGCUUCUUCGCAUUUUUUUGUCAUUUCACCCUGCAUAUCUUAAAGCUGCUCUUGAAGCUGUUUUCAACCGAAACAUUGAAACUAGUGCAAAAACGCUGCUUAGCAUUCUCUCCAAAUUUAUUAUUAGUAACGUUUUCUCGGAUGCGAAAUUGUUGAAAAACAAAAAAUACGCUCAAGGAUGUGGAAAGCCGAUUGUUACUGCCGCUGGAAAAGAAGCUCUUCACAAUCACUUCCUUUCGUGUGCCAUGAAAAUAUUUUUCCUGGUCGAAACAGCGCGAAUAAACAGAAUCAUCCCAAAUGUCACAAGAGUUUUCAACAAAUCAUCGCAGUUUAAAAGUUUUGAUUCAAUCUUCGUCGAAUUCAGCAAAGAAAUUCUUUCUGGUACUUCAAUUCCUCUGAAAAAAGCCUUUGCAAGAAUUGGAUUCAUCUCUUCUUAUAAUCAGACUUUUAUCGAUGAUUAUGAUUAUUUUGCGAGAGGUUUUGAAGAUUUCUCGAAUGGAGUCAUUCUUGGAAAACUCGUCGAAACUAUUGGAAAUUUGAAGCCGGGAUCAAUAUUAAAUAGACUUCGAGACCCAGCUGGGGAUCGUAUUAGAAAAUUGAAGAAUGUUGAGAUAGUAUUGGAUGAAAUGUCGAAACUCGGAAUUGUAACUGAAAAUAUCAGUGCUGCUCAAAUUGUCGGCAGCAAGAAGGAGGCCGUUCUCAGUAUCCUGUGGUCAAUUAUUGGAGUUCGAGUGACAGCUGACAAAAGCAAAAUUAACCUUAUUCGUGAUCGAUUUAAUCAUGAAAAUAUUUCAAAUAAAAACCCUGAUGAGGACAUUUCAAAUGCAGCGUUAAUAUUAUGCCGAGAAGUUGGCUCGACUUUAGGAAUCGAAGUGAAGGAUCUUGAGAGUGUAUACAGUGGAGAACUGCUAGCGAAAGCAUGGAAUACUUGGAACCCGUCUGGAUCUCGCGUUGAACAUUAUCCUGGUGAUACGCUUUGGGAGAAAGUCACGAAUCUGGCGGAAUCGGAAAUGCGGAUUGCUAAAGGAAUCGACCAACAUCUGCCACUAUUCAUUCGACUUUUUAUGGAAGGAGUUCAGCGAAUUGAAGUAAUAAAUAGGGCCGCGCGAAAAAUUCAAAAAACUUGGAGGGCAUUUAAAUAUAAUCAAAGUAUUCCUAAAUUAUACAAAAUCGUUCAACAAGUCGUUGAUAGUCUUCCGAUGAUACGAAACGCUUCACCUUGCGAGAUUUCGUCUCGUCUUUCUUGUGUCUCACUUUGCAAUGCAACUUUCACAAUUUCUCGCGAAUCAACAUCGUCGAAUUGUGAAUUGGAUAGAACGUUCAAGAUUCCCAAAACUCCAGCAAGAACUGGAGAAGCUCCAAGAGAAUCAAUUCGUUUGUUCGAAAAGGUGAUCGAAGAAGACGGCGAAGAAGAUGAGGAGAUAAACGAGAACGAUGAGAACAAACACCCUGACGCUGAUGAAACGGAUUUUGAAAGCUCAAUUGCUGAAGAAUUAUGCCGUAAAUUGGACGUUCUCGAUGUUGACGAGCAAUUAGCGAUAUCGAAUUCUGAAACAAUUAGAACCGAAUCAUUUUAUGACAAUGUGACAAUCACUGCGGAUAACUACAAACAGAUUGAAAAAAAUCGAAUAGGCCAAAUGAGUGUUUUCUCAACAGAAGAAUCAUUCCAAGAACGUGAAGUCAAUGAGACAAAUGACGCGAAUGCAAAGAACAUAUGUGACUCAGAAUCACAGAACAUUUGCGAAAAAAACAAAAACGAUGGUGCUGACGAAGUAGUGCAAGAACGAUCUCCGGUUGCUACAAAUUUCGAUGCAGUCGCAGAAAAGUUUGAAAGUGUUCAUGCAAAAGAAUAUUCGAAUUUUGUUGAAAUUAAUUGCGAUGAUAAGGAUUUCCUUGAGCCCGAACAAAUGGAAAUUGAUGAGGAAUCAGUGGUAAAAGAGAAAAUUAACGAUAUAUCCAAUUACGAAUAUCGUGAUGAAUCGACAGUUUUCGAAGAUGGAUCAUCUUUGGCUUCCGAGUCUCCACGUCGUUUGUGCGUUUUUUCUAAAGAAAAUACAUUUCAAGAUGAAUCGAAAAAUGAGGAAAUCGUUGAAAACAAGGAGAUUGCAAUGGAAAAUGAAAAUAUUCGAGAAUCGACGGCUAGUCGGGAUUCUGAAUCUGGCGCCGAAGUGGAAGAUAAUGUGGACUUGAAAUUACUCAACUCAGAUCAACUUCGUGAGAUUCUUAAAAGAAAAUUAAAAUUGGCUAACGAACAAAAAAAAAUGGCAAAUAAACUGGAUAAAUUGAGUCUCAUCAAAACUUUCAAGCAAUGUGCAAAAGUUUCUAAACCGAUGGAUGUAUCGAAAGGCGAGUCGGCAUCCUCAUUGCAUCGCACGAAUGCUGGAAUGGAAGUGUCGAGUCUGACGGACGAUUUGAAUCAUGCAUUUGCGUGCACACCGACAGCCAAUUUUGAUCCGAUAAUCACGGAUUUACAAAAAUGCGAUGAAGAGACACGAGAAAAAGCGGCGAUUGUUAUUCAAAAAUGCAUUCGAGGAUAUUUUUUGCGUAAAAGAAUGGAGACUGAACUUCGAGACAUGCAAACCCGCGUUGAUAAUUAUAACAGAAUUGCUGAAUUGAAUCGCAUCGAAAUCAAGGCGGCCCAAAAGUCGUCUACGGUUUCACACAAGGAUGUUACCGCCGUUGACAGAUUGCGAAACUACACUCUUCACGGAUUAACGCAUUGCAAUCUGUCUCUCGUUAAUAUCUCUGCGACAGCAAUUCUUCGAAUUAUUUCUUUACUGCCAGAACUUGUCGAAACUUUUGUUAAUGAAUUGGAUGGUAUUUCGAAGAUUUGUAACAUUCUCGAAAAUGCUGAUCGCGGAUUAUCGUAUACUCACAUUUCGGCAGCGCUUAUUUUGAUACUUGAACGAAUUGUGGUUUUGACUUCGAUAAAAAACACGCACGCCAAACUUAAACUGCAUCUUGAGUUUUUGUCGCCAAAACUUCUUCAUUUAAUGCUUGUGAAUAGUAACAAUGCCGUCUUAUUCAUCGCAUUGUGUCGAACUUUGGAAGCCAUUUUACAGCAGUGGAGAAAUGUCGAAGCAUGUUAUAUGAAGGAUGCCCCGUAUUUCAUAAAGAAAUCGAAAUCGAAGUUGAAAAAUGCGGACUGCUUGACUGCACUCAAGGAUUUCGAGAACAUCUAUACGGUGUGCACUGCUUGA